CAGGAGGAAGCCCCCGAACCAGAGGAGAAACCAAGACCCAAACUCACUGCUCCAAAGAUCCCAGAAGGGGAGAAAGUAGACUUCGAUGAUAUCCAGAAAAAGCGUCAGAACAAGGACCUCAUGGAGCUCCAAGCCCUCAUUGACAGCCACUUUGAAGCUAGAAAGAAAGAAGAAGAGGAGCUGAUUGCACUCAAGGAAAGAAUUGAGAAGCGUCGUGCAGAGAGGGCUGAGCAGCAGAGGAUCCGUGCUGAGAAGGAGAGAGAACGCCAGAACAGACUGGCGGAGGAGAAGGCCAGAAGAGAGGAGGAGGAUGCCAAGAGGAGAGCCGAGGAUGACUUGAAGAAGAAAAAGGCUCUAUCCUCCAUGGGCGCCAACUACAGCAGCUACCUGGCCAAGGCUGACCAGAAGAGAGGCAAGAAGCAGACAGCCCGCGAAAUGAAGAAGAAGAUUCUUGCAGAAAGACGCAAGCCGCUGAACAUCGACCAUCUUAGUGAUGACAAGCUGAGGGACAAAGCCAAGGAACUCUGGGAUACCCUGUACCAACUGGAGACUGACAAAUUCGAGUUUGGAGAGAAGCUGAAGCGCCAGAAAUAUGAUAUCAUGACUGUCCGGGCCAGAGUGGAGAUGCUGGCCAAGUUCAGCAAGAAGGCUGGUGCCACAGCCAAGGGCAAAGUCGGUGGGCGCUGGAAGUAAAGGAGCCCAGAGAUGCCCUGCAGCAGAGACCGUCCGUCCCGACUCCUGCCAGGGGCCGUUAUUCCAGUUCUGCACCCUCCAACCCUCUUUCUGCCCCAGCUUUCUCCAGAGCUCAGGGCCCAUCCUGCUGC